GUCACAGCGCCGCCUGUCGGUCAGAGCGCGCUAGCAGCGGUUAGCAUGCAGCAUGUUUACCUCUAAUAACGCGUCGCAAAACUCGAAACAUGUUCAUAAAGUUCGUGAAAUAUGUCAGAGGAUGUGAAGAUUCCAGAUUUUCAAAUAGUUGUAUCUCAGACAAAUAUUGUCCAACAAACCAUACAUCAAUGGAAAGAUUAUUUAUUCAGCUUUCAGGAUGUGAGUGUGUAUUUCCGUCCGCCGCUGGAGGUCAGAGACGUGGUUCUCCUCACACACAGAGUCCUGCAGGAGUUUCCCAGCAGAGUUCUGCCCCAAUUCAAACCCUGGUUCCCGUCCGCGUCUGACGCCCACAAACCCAUCAAACCCCUCAAACCUGCUCCUCUGAUCUCCUCCUCUGAUCUGCAGAGCGUCUCGCUGCGUCUGGAGGAACCGGCGGACGCUUCAGACCGGAGGGAACCCAUCGAGAGCGACGCCAAGAGAUCCAAACGCUCGUGGUGCGUGAUCACGGACAGAAGCGCACCGCUGAAGAUCACACGCUCCUUCUCAAGACUGUUUCGCAAGACCAUCGAGAAACACGGACUGCAUCUGCAUCAGAGAGUCAGAUGGGUGGUGUGUGAGAGAAACUGUGGCGCUCGGAGCAUGGAGGAGCUUUGGCUGGAUCUGAACCGCGCCAUCAGACGCUCACGAAUGCCCACCUGCAACGCUAACUACCAGAGAGCGCUGCCUCAGAUCUGGCUCUACUGCGACGUCUUCUACUCCGAAUAUAUCGGCAAUUUCUUAAAACAGGAGUUCCAGCUCUCAGGACAGAUCACCUUAACAGCCCAUAAACUUGGAGACAUUGUUAAGUUAUAGCUGUGGAAUUAUUUAUAUUUAUUAUUAGGCGUACAUGAACUUGUUUUUAUAUGACAUGCAUAUUAAAAGUUGCU